GGGCUGCAGGUGAAUGGAGACGAGGCGAGGGGUGAGGGGGGAGGGGCGCACAGGCGGCGUCUUUGCCAGGUGCUGCUGCUGCUCAAGUCUCUGCACUCGCUGCGGCCUCUCACAGCGGAUCGUCAGGGACGUCUCGUGCGCUCCUACAGAGCGGCGUCGCUGCUUCUGACCGGCGAUCACGAUGAGCUGGGGCUACCUGACGCAGCUGCUGGAUGAGGUUCACCGACACUCCACAUUCCUGAGCAAGCUGUGGAUCACCACCUUCCUCAUCUUCCGCAUCGUUCUCACGACGGUCGCCGGAGAGUCGAUCUACUACGAUGAGCAGGGCCAGUUCACGUGCAACACGGCGCAGCCCGGCUGCGAGAACGUCUGUUAUGACAGCUUCGCACCGCUCUCCCAUGUCCGCUUUUGGGUGUUCCAGAUCAUCGUCGUUGCCACGCCCACCAUCCUGUACCUCGGAUUCGCUGUACAUCGCAUCACCAGGAUCGAGUACGAGCGAGACGAACGAACAAAGCGAACCGGCGGCUCCGACCGCAUGGUUGAAUGCACGGAGAAUGAGGAGGAGGUGGAAGAGGAGGUGGAAAAGGAGGUGGAGGAGGAUGAAGAAGACGGCAAGGAGAAGCGACGGCAAGGCAACGAGCGGUGGAGGAUCAAGACUGACGGCCUGAUGGUAGCCUACACCCUCCAGCUACUCGCCCGCACGCUGGCUGAGAUUGGCUUCCUGCUGGGGCAAUACCUGCUCUACGGCUUUGAGGUGGCCCCACGCUUUCAGUGCGUCCGCGACCCCUGCCCACAUCGUGUCGACUGCUUCGUGUCGCGCCCCACGGAGAAGACCAUCUUCCUUUUGGUCAUGUACACGGUCGCCUGUCUCAGCCUCCUGCUGGAACUGACCGAGAUUUGCUACUUGGGGCUGGGAGCCCUCCACGACUCGCUGAGCGGGAGGCGCUGGCUGCAGAGCAGAUCCGCGGAGGGCAAACAGGCGGCCCACGCGACGCUGGAGGCUUCCAGGGUGAAGGUGGCAGUGGCCCAGGGCAGUCGCCGAGUGUCGCUGGCGCCCCCGGGUUACCACUCGCUGGCGGGGGCCUCCUCUGACGGGAACGGCACCGGGGUGGCAGAUCCCGGCGAGCCGGACCCCCCCACGGCAGUUCCCGCAGCAGCAGCAGCGAUGAUGUCGCCGCGGGAAUUGCGUCAGCUCCGUGACGAGUUGCGGGAACUUCAGACGGAGCUGAGGGCGACGCCGAGGCCCCGCCAGGAGCCCCCCGGGCAGAGCGCCGGCGGCGGCACCGGCCGCACGGCUUGGGUUUAGCGCGAGCGAGUGUCACCCUCGCGGCGACCCUCUGUGCUCUUUGUGAAGAUCCGA